UAAACUUCUCGGUUUCCCCCGUUCCGCCACUAUGACUGACGGGAGUGCCGUGGACUGGACUACAGCGGUUACUGUGGGAGCGGCCGCGUUGGCCGCGUGCGGCGUCGGCGUCUUGACGGCCGCCAGCUCGGACACCGUCAGCCGGAGGAUUCUAUCCCCGGAACGCACCCACGCGAAACGGAGUGCCGAAUACGGCUACCGGUGGCGGCAAGCCAUGGAACGUGCCGUGUUGCAAUGCUCGUACGUACUGGCGGGAGGGGUUGGCAACUAUAACGACGAAAUCGAGCUCGCACAAACCAAAUUGGUUCGCGAUAUGGCGCACGUGGAACUUUUGGUACAAGCGAUCGUCGACCGCAAGGGACGACUACGAAUCGGAAAGAUUUGUACGGAUGAACGCAUGCCCUCCACCGACUAUUAUGUAUGGCUGUACGACCAAGAGUCCUCGCAAAUCUAUCAAUUACCUUUGACGACGUUCGGAAUGGCGCUCGCCGACGCCAUGGAACGAAAGAUUCACUCCACGACAUUCUGCUUCCUGGCCGAUGCCGCCGCCUCGACGGCAAGUGCAUUGGUCAAGGAUCUCUUGCAAAUCACCAAAAGUGCGGUGGAAAUUUACGAAAAUCCUCUCUGGUUGACUCAGCUAGCCCUGCUGACGCGGAAGAACCUACACCCACGCGACGACCUUGAACGGGUCCUGUACGCGUUUUGUCGAAUGCAGGCUUGGAAUUGCGAACAACCCACACUGCUGAUAUCCUACGGCGCUGCAGUGACGCCAAUUUUGCUUCCCAUGCUUCAACAAGUCUUCCCGGACGACCGACACCUGUUUUGCUACACCGGCUGCAUCCAGACGGCUCAGGCCGCCUUCCACGGACGGCGCUCCUUCCAACGCAAUCACGUUCCGGAAUGUGUUAGUGACGCGCUUCAGUUCCCACACCCGGUGUCCUACACCACACCGCUUUCUCGUAGUAUGCUUCAUUCCGUCAACACGAUGCCACCGUACUCGCGGGCACUCGUUUCGCUGCCGAUAGAAAUUGCCGACGUUGUCGAAACUUGGAUGGCUGCGGUAGACGCCUUUUUCUUGUUGAAAGAAGACGAACGGAUCAAUGGAUAUCUCCCCUACGUACUCAAAACCGAUUACUUGCUGACUCCUGUAUCGCUAGACGUUCGGCACUGGACCACACGGUCGCUCUUGCAGUACGUAUGUGGCAGCCGAACCAGAGGGGAGGUUCCGUCGGAAACCCUAGACGCGGCGUUCUCGUACUUGCGGGAGCGCAAACCGCUGGCUCCAUUAGCGAAGAUUGACGCUUACCGAAAGCCAAUCGAAAACGCGGUCUUUCAGCACAAGCUGAUACUUAUUGAAAACAAAACCCUUCAAGACACGGUCCAGCCGACACAACACUGGACGCUGAAAUCGACCGCAAAAGCUGGUUGCGCGUGCUGCUUGCCCGAGGAAGACGAAGAGGAUGAGGACCUGGGUGCGCUGAAAGGGAAAUUAGACAUGUCCCGCCCAGGUGUCUUUGUCUUGCCGGGUACUUUGAAGAAAGGCAAACCUUCGGCAGCCGGAAAAUUUGUGGACGGAAAGAUGGGAUUUGCCUUUGAUCCUACCAAGUUUUCCUAGAGAGCUUUCGUUUUUUAAUACACCCCUUUUCUCGCCUUUAC